GGCGCUCAAGAGACGCCUAUUAGCAGUAGCCAUGCCACACGACGCUGCAACCGCUGCGGCCGCCGACGAGGCUCUCCUCGCCCAGCUCGGGUACAAGCAAGAGUUUAAGCGUGCCUUUACCCCACUUCAGGUAUUUGGCAUUGCAUUCAGUAUAAUCGGCCUUCUGCCCUCGAUAGCUUCAGUCCUCUUCUACGCCAUCCCUAAUGGUGGUCCCGCAGCUAUGGUCUGGGGCUGGGCAGUUGCAAGUGUAUUCAUCCUCUGCGUCGGUAUAUCGAUGGCCGAGCUCGCCUCAGCAGCGCCGACGUCUGGUGGGCUGUACUUCUGGACGCAUUCUCUGUCUUCUCCGCGGUGCCGCAACCUUCUCGCCUGGAUCGUUGGAUAUGCGAACACGAUCGGCUCCAUUGCAUCCGUAGCUUCCAUUGAUUGGGGCUGCGCCGUCCAGGUCGCUGCUGCAGCCAGCAUCGGGACAGGCGAGGCAUGGGUUGCGACGGAUGCAGAGACAUUCGCGAUCUACGCCGCUAUUGUCCUCAGCCACGCCGUCAUCUGCUGCCUCGCAACCGCCGUGCUGGCCAAGCUCCAGACGGUGUAUGUCAUCCUGAACGUUCUUCUGUGCCUGGCGGUCAUCAUUGCGCUCCCCGCCGUGACUCCGGCCGAGUACAAGAACACCGCUAGCUUUGCGCUCGGAAACUUCACUAACAUGAACGGUUGGCCGGAUGGCUAUGCGUUCAUCCUUAGUUUCCUUGCUCCGCUGUGGACCAUUUGUUCUUUCGACUCCAGUGUGCACAUAAGCGAAGAGGCUUCAAAUGCCGCCACCGCCGUCCCUUGGGCCAUCGUCAAUGCCAUUGGUAUUGCUGGUGUUCUUGGCUGGGCUAUCAAUAUGUCGCUUGCCUUUUGCAUGGGCACCGACCUUGAUAGCCUUAUCGAUAGUCCGAUUGGCCAGCCUAUGGCACAAAUCUUCUUCAACUCGUUCGGCCAGAAGGGUACACUCGCCAUAUGGGCCUUCGUGGUCAUUAUCCAGUACAUGAUGGGUUCGAGCAUGUUGCUCGCCGCCUCGCGCCAAUCGUUCGCCUUCGCGCGUGAUGGAGCUCUCCCCUUCUCGUCGUGGCUCUACCGCAUGAACGCAUUCACGGAAACACCCGUCAACACCGUCUGGUUCGUCGCCAUCUGCUCGCUUGCGCUGGGCCUGCUCGCGUUCGCGGGCGAACAGGCAAUCGACGCCGUGUUCGCCAUCUCCAUCACCGCGCUGUAUAUCGCAUACGCGAUCCCGAUCGUUGCUCGCUUCGCGUUCAAGAACAACUUCAAGCCCGGCCCCUUUGACUGUGGUGUCUUCUCCCUCCCCAUCGCGAUCAUCUCCGUGUCAUUCAUGACGUUCAUGAACCUCGUCUUCUUCUUCCCGACCACCCCACAGACCGACGUCAACGACAUGAACUACACCAUCGUCGUCCUCGGCGGCGUCCUCAUCCUCUCGCUCAUGUGGUACUACUGCCCCGUCUACGGCGGCGUGCACUGGUUCACCGGCCCUGUCGCCAACAUUGAAGAUGCGCCCGCUGACGGAACUGGCUCGAGUUCGAGCGUGCAUGACUCGAUCGCCGAGGCGAAGAAAGGUAGAGCCGAGGUGACGACUGAGAAGGCGGAGUCAUGAAGCCACGGGCUGCCACUUGCAGUGUGAGGUGGUAGGGAAGCGGAGAUUGGUGGUAUAUACACGACUAGUCAUUUAAUUUUAAUAUCGAGCCCUCCUGCGUUUUGGUCUUUGGACGUAUCAGACCUUUAAAACAGCC